UGUAUUUGCCCCUCAGUAUUUACUACCCCCACUAGAUCUAAAUUAGUUUUGUUAGUCUACAGCGUAGGAACGGGCUGGUCACGGCAACAUCAACUACGCGUCAGUACGGUAAUUUCUUCUCUAUGGAAAGUCCUGGAUCAGAACUCACAGAGGAAAAUCAUCGUAGGAGAACGCCAACUCAAAAUGAAGCAUUCGGUGCUGGUACGGCUGAAUUUAAUAAAACUGCAUUUCUUAUUGCUUUGAGAGAAGCUCGACUGUCGUGUGUUCGAGGCGCAUUUCUUGAGAGAUUCGAUCCCGCUAUAAAUUACCAACUCUCACAGGGAAAGCUACGAGCGCGGAUGAAACCACUGGGAACGGCAACGCUAUGCAUGGGUCCGUUGCUGUUCCCAGAGACUGAGCUUUUCUUCGUUUCUUACGGCGACUGGAGAGCCCCACUACAACCCCCGCGAGAUACCCCACUUCGCCCACAUGACCCGCCCUCGAAUGCAGUUACCCCCACACCAGGUGGUGUCUGGGUGAAACAAGAGCCAGUAGACGGAGAUGACCGGAUGAACAAAAUGAUGAUGAUGGGCAACACUGGGACGCAAUCGCAACCCCAGCAGCUGCCGCCAAAAAUGCCACAAGCGUCUCCACAGCCACAGCCGCCGGCACCAACACCUGCCCAAGGUACCCCGCAGCCCUCUUUGGAUGAGGAUCGACAUUCGUCAGAGGCGCCAACACCCGACGAAGCUUCUGCUGCAUCACUAGUUACUGAAGAUGCAAUUGCACGGUUGGCGAAACGCGCAUCCGAAGACGCCAAUUUGCGUCGGACGUUGCGACGCAUUGUGAGCGGUUUGGGAACACCAGAACAACUCAUUUUGCUUCACACUGAGCUAUUAGGGCCAUGCACAUUUGCUCCUCCAAGACGGGGGAAACGGCCGCCUCGUAAACGUAUUACACUCACCAUUACACAAGCUGAUCGGGAUGCCUUUCGGGCAAACCUUGCUGCCGGUGUCCCCGAGUUGCGCCGACACUUUGAUGUUGUCUGUCGCUUUCGCGAAAAUCCAGACGCAAUGUGGGUUUUGCCGCGAGAAGCUAUGCUGACCGUAAUGCGAAAGUUGCCGAGCCAUCAAGUGGAGGAGCUGCGACUGUUAUUCGCCGUAUUCCACAGCGGAACGAAUGGAGAGCCAAUGCAUGUUAAGCUUCAGAUGCGUAUUACGCAUUUUCGCCAAGAAGUCCUAGAAGCCCUGGAAUGUGUUACGGGCGCUUCGCAUACGGAUCGCGUUUUGGCCGAGCGAAAACGUAGAAUGUCUCGAAGGGAAUAGGCUGAAGACGGAAGGAAGAAGAAAAAAAAAACAAAACAUUAAAAGAAAACGAGGAAGGUCAUGCGAAACAUUCGUGCACCGUAUCCCGUAGGAAAAAAACGCGAAUCGUUAAAAAAUGCGUUGGUAUGUAUAAAAAAACGAAUGAAA